AUUUCAUUUGUCCUUCUGUUCUUUGUUAUCAUUGCUGCUGCUGGUGUUGUUGUUGUUGGUGGUGGUGGUGUGCCACUUGUGCAAGGACAGAAAAGGCGCAACAAUUUUGACUCGUCCCUCCUUCCAUUCAGUUGCAAAGCACUGGAGGAAAAUCAAUAAAUAGCAAAAAGAGCAUUGUUGUUAUUGUGUAUGUAUGUAGGUGUUAGUGCUUGCUGUGCAUGUGGCCCCCAAAAACAGUUGAACACGAACGCAGCAGCAAGUCGCUGAGCAAGAUAAAGGGACAAACAGUUGAAAAAAAAGAAAAGAGAAGUGAAAAGAAAAGAAACUAAAAACGUUGCAUUUAAUAUAUUAUGGACAACGCUGGCGGCGGUGGCAGCGGCGGAGGCGAUGAUAGCGACAACGAUGUGGUCACCGAUUUUUUAAACUCAAAUUGCAACGAUAUACAACAAGCAGCCACCUCCGCUUCCUCCAAUUCCUCUUCUUCUGCCACUACAACUACAACAACAACAACGACGCCUCCACGGGUCACUGUAGAAAGCCAAAACUAUUGUAUACCUGUUAUUAACGCUCCUGUCGCUCCAUCUGCAGCAUCUGGUCCUCCAUUGGGAUUGGCUGCAUCUUUAAACAACAACAACAAUAAUAGUAAUAGUAGCAGCAACAAUAUCAACAACAAUAACAACAACAUGAUACCUAUCAUCAAUGUGACACCACACAGUCCCGCUUCGGCGUCCAAGUAUAAUAACAUCUUCGAGGACACCUUAAGUCAAUUGCAAAAUAUACGUGAAACAGUUGUCCAAAUGAAAAACUCCUCGUCGAGUCAACACCAACAGGAGGGCCUAUCUCAGACUUAUGGUCUACUAAAUGCAGCAAUACUUAGCACCUCUUUACCAGAUCUAAGUGCUGGUGUCAAUGGUUCUGCUGCCGGUGUGGGCGGUGGAGGCAAUUCAUCAUCUCUUUACCAUCCCCACUAUGCCAUGUGGUCGUCGACGGCACCACAACAGUGUCUACUACUGCAUACCGAUCGCCGGAAAUCAUGGACAGCUGUGGAUGAUGCCAGCGCUGGCGGAGAUUGCACCAAUAAAAGCGUUAGCCUCUCCAGCUUGGAUAGCGAAGAGCAGGAGACCAUAAGGGUCACAGAGCAGAGACGUCGUUCGGCUAGAAAUAGUACUGGAGGCAUUUCAACCCACUCACUGAACGAGGCGGAAUUGGCUCGCGAUUUCGAACGUAUUGCGGUCAAACGAAGUUUAGCCACAGAGAUUAUCAGUCGAAUACCAUUGCAAAAGAGCAUAUCCACCUCAUCAAUAAUUGCCAAGGAAGAUAUCAAGGCUAUAGCACGUCAUUUGACCGACAGCGAGGAUGAGAAUCAAAGUCUAUUGCGUUCCCAUGCCAAAAUCGAGGUCUAUGAUAAUGUAGAGAAGCGACCGAAACGCGGUUCGUUAUUCUUUCGCAAAAAGAAACCCAAAGCCAAGACGAAGAGUCUGGUCAGUGGCCAGCAAUUGAGUCCAUGUGAUGUGUGUGGAGCGAAUAUAACAUUAGCACAGAUCAAGGAACACCAUUUGGAGUGUAAAGUGAGAAAAAUGAAUGCAGGAACUGCCGGUGGACAGGAUUACUAUGAUGGGCCAGAUGCCUUGACCCUAAGCAAUACCGAAGAUCAACCUCUGAUACGUUCUGAAUUGCAAUUUCUCAAUGAUCCACCAAUUGAAGCUCAAGAUUUGGGUGCAGAUCCUGCCUUGGGUAUUGUACUGAAAGAGCAUGACUCUUGGACUCCCGGAGUACCGAAGGAGUUGUUAAAAUCUCUCAAGGAAUUGCAAAUUAAACGGCAAGAGCAUAUCUAUGAAUUCAUAAUGACAGAGAAACAUCAUUGCCAGACAUUGAUUGUUAUGCAAAAGGUAUUCGUUGAGAGUUUGGAGAGAUAUUUCCCAUCACUGAACUUGAACAAAAUGUUUCCACGUCUCCAACAAUUGACUGACCUUCAUACCUGUUUUCUACGCCACCUGAGACAAAAGCAACGCGAACAACCCAUUGUGGACAGUAUAGCCGACAUUCUACUUGAUUUCUUCUCUUUGGAGCAGGCACAAUGUUUGCGCUUGGCCUAUGGCGAAUUCUGUGCCAAUCAUCGCAGCGCACUGGAGCAAUUUAAACUUUGCCUGGCCGAGCCAAGUUUUAGUGAAUGGUAUAAACAUUGUUUGCAGAAUCCGUUGCUAAAAAAGAAGGGUAUACCGGAGUGCAUAUUAUUUGUGACGCAGCGUCUAACCAAAUAUCCUUUGCUCAUUGAACCAUUACUCAAGAGUGCCCGGGAUAAUAAGCUAGAGACGGAUAAGUUGCAACAUGCUUUGAAUCUGGUGAAAUCUCUGCUUGUCGAUGUGGAUGCCUGUGUGGCUGAAAAGGAAUUGAGGGAACGGCAAUUGGAUAUCUAUGCCCGUGUGGAUGCAAAAUCGUUUGCCAUCUACAAGAAUAAACCAUUCCGUAAAACCGAAUUGGGUGUUGAGUCGCGGCGUCGUCUAAAAUUUGAUGGCCUAGCUACACUUAUGCAGGGACGGGCCAAAACCCAAUUAGUCCUGGUUGUGGUCCUCACAGAUUGCCUUUGCUUUCUCAGCGAGAAUUCGGCCCACAAUAAGUAUACCUUCUUUACACCUGAACACAAGGCUGGUGUGGUGCCGCUGCAAAAGUUAUUAAUACGCGAUAAAGCGGGCACCGAAUCCCGAGGUAUCUAUAUAAUUAGUUCCAAUCCCGAUUUUCCGGAAAUGUAUGAACUGAAAGUACAAACGCCCAAAGAUAAGAAUACAUGGAUACAGAGUAUUCGGCAAGCGGUUCUCGAUUGCCCGGCCACGGACAUAAUCGAGGCUGAAGAUUUAACAGCUGAGGAAAAGCUUCGUAUUGGCGUAAACAAACGGGAGACAAUCGAGAAGAUGCGUCAAAAAGAUAUCGAACAGGCAUUGCUGCUCGAAGAGAAGCUGAUGCUGCAAUUGAAUCUGCUUAAGGAGCAACAACCCUUUGUUGGUGCUGGUGAUGUGUCUACCACCGCCAGUACUAAUGGAUCUGCGGCAAAUUUCCUUGCUGCCUUUGGUUCGUACAAGGAUCUAGUAACAGCCGAUUGCGAUACCAAUGAAUUGUGGCGACGAGUUUUGAACACUGUGCAAGAUAUUAGCCAAUUGGCGGCCACAGUGUAUUCAGCGGCCACUGGAUUGCCGGUUAAUCGCUCCAUCAACUCCAUGGGUGAUAAACCAUGCGAACAGUAUGCAUCACCCACAUUACCCAAGCGAGCCGAAACUUUUGCCGGUUUCGAUGAGAAACGUGGCAAAUUGGGUUCGAAAUUGGUGCUCACACCACGCCUACAAGAGCUCGAGGAGAAGAAAGAGAUUAAAGUCAAUAAUACCAAUAGCAAUGCGGAAUCAAUAUCAACAGCGGCAGCAACAGCACCACCUCAUCUCGAAUCGAAUUAUGCUGUGCUCCAGGUGUCGCAUCAUUUGCAUACAUUGCUAUGCAUUAUUUACCAACAGAUGACCACGAUACAGAGUUUGCAAUUGCAAUUGGCAUUAUAUCGGGAGAGUCCACGUACCACAGCCUACACGCACAAGGAUCAAUUGGAGGAAUUGCGUAAUCUACAGGAUAAAUUGCAAGCGGAGAAGACCGCUUGGCAGCGUCAAAAGCAACAGCAGCAAGACGAACUGGCCGAAUCGAAGGCCCAGCAAUUGCAAUUGCAGCAAACGAUUAAAGCCGAACAAGAGGAUAUACGUCAACAGAGGGAGCAACUCUAUCGCAAAAUGGAAUUGUUAUCCAGUCAGGGAUUAUUAUUGUCACCGAGUACUCCAUUGCCGCCAGUGGCGAUGGCCCAUUCACCCAUAACGCCAGCCGAUGAGGAUGAUGGAGGACACAUUGCAGCUGGAGUUGGAGCAGUGGGAGGAGGCGGAGGAGCAACUGGUGUUCCCACACCGACACCAAGUAUUGCUGGCACUGUGGAUCGUCGCAAAGAGAAAUGGCUAAGUGGUUCGAGCAAUUGCAAAACACCGCCUGUUAAUUUACUAAGCGCCACAAAUGCUCCCAAAACUAAUGUCACUUUGGUCAAGCAAAAGUUACCCAUGAAACUAUCAUCACUGUCCUCUGCCUCAUCUUCCUCGGCAGGGAGUGGAACACGUGUGGAUAAAUCUGCAAGCUUCAAUAAUGCGAUACCAGCUGGAAAUCCAGGGACUGCUGGUACAACGGGUAUACAGCAAUUAUUUCCUCUUAAAUUGGCCGAUAAGCGACAUGCCACUGGCACUACGGUGACAUCGACUAGUGCCUCCUCCUCUGCCACCAACGCCAUGGUGCCGCAGCAUUCUCGCACUGGUAGCUCUCCGGCUAUUAUUCAGCAGACAACAACAACCACAACGACAACAUCGGCCACUCCGACAACAAAUAUAGCUCGAGCUGAAUCCGCCCAUUAUACCACCACACAACGUACGCCCACAAGUAGUCGUGGUCCAACUGGAUCCCGACAAGGUGUCGGUGGAGUCGGAAUGGCACCACGCGCCAAACCCGAAGAGGAGGAAAUCUAUUUCUGACGCAAAUUCACACCAGAAGUAGAAAUCUAAACAGAAUAACAACAACAAAAAAAAACCCAAAUUCGUAAUGUUUACCAAGACUUUUAGACAUUUCAUUUUUCUCUCUCUGUUUUUUUCUUCUAAUCAUAUAUGUAUGUAUGUCCAAAUCUAACUUAAUCAGUCUUACAAUCGAACAUCUUAUAUAUAUUUAUAUAUGUAUAGAGAGAUGUCCAGUAUUAUAAAUCGGAAUUGAGUAGACAAACUCUACCGACAAAAAAAGAAAACAUUCUCCAAAUUGCUGUCAAAAUAAAACCGAAUGCAUCUCAAUAUAUACCGAUAACUGUCCAUUCCAGCUAAUGCUUUUAUAAUCUGUGUAUUAAGUUUAAGUAUAAAACAGAAAAAAAUUGCAUCUCAAACUGCAAAA